ACUCAAUAGAUGGUGUCUCAUAACUGAACACCAAAGAGAAUUAGUAAAGUAUGAAAAAGAUGUUCAUCUGUGCCAUGAGACAUAGACAAUCUAUAGUAAAAGUUAUGCAGAUGAUUCUAGUACAAGUUUAACAUAGGCUGUAACUACCCUGGGAGUUCUAAAUUGUUGAGGGAAGGAAGAAAAGAAAACAAACAGGAAGAAAGGAGAGAAGAGAAAAAGAAAGAAAACUGGUCAGCUGAGCAAUGCUCUCCUUAGCGGAGAAGUGCUUCACAGUCUUCUUGGUUGAGGUGCUGUGUUUGAUGAUAGCACCAGAAAAGUGCUGGUUGUACAAGAUCGAAAUAAACUGAAAAAUAUGUGGAAGUUUCCAGGAGGCCUGUCAGAGCCUGGAGAAGAUAUCGGCGACACAGCAGUCCGAGAGGUGUUUGAAGAGACUGGGGUGAAGUCAGAAUUCAGGUCUCUGCUGAGCAUCCGGCAGCAGCACAGGCACCCUGGAGCCUUCGGGAAGUCAGACUUGUACCUGAUCUGUCGCCUGCAGCCGUGUUCCUUCACUAUCAACUUCUGCCGGCAGGAAUGCUUGAAGUGUGAAUGGAUGGAUCUAGAAAACCUGGCCAGGACUAAAAACACAACCCCUAUAACCAGCAGAGUAGCUAGGCUGUUGCUAUAUGGACACAGGGAAGGGUUUGACAAAAUUGACCUCAGCAUGGAGGAACUCCCGGCAGUGUACACAGGCCUGUUCUACAAACUCUACCAUAGGGAACUGCCGGAGAGUUACACAGCCACCACGGGGACAGAUUGAACCAAAGGUGGACACAGUCUGCGGCUAAUACCUGGCAC